AUGACGAGUGAACUUAGAUUUCUUCAUACAACUCUUCUCAGCUUUUCGCUGUCAAGUACCCAUACGCUGUUUUACGAGGCACCAAUUCUUGGCCAAGUUCUCGAGUUGCCAUGCAAAUUACCGGGAUUUGUCAGGAACAUUCAUUACCCUAAAGUAGCAAACUCACUCUUAUCAAAGGAGCGAAGAGAAGAACAAGGCGAGAGACGUUUCGAACGAAGGCGAGAAGAUCCUAAGAACGACAAAGAAGACAGUAGCAGCGAAGAAAAGGAUGAAAAGUCAGAGAAGGAACCAGAAAAUACAACUAUCAUUACCUCACGCCCAGGUUCUCAGUCGGUGAAAAACUCAAAUCCGAGUCGUCAAGCAACACAUAACCGGGCGUUAAGGCUAUUAAUGUAG